AUGGGUCGUAUGAUCGAAACUUCCUGUCAAAUAAGAAUUACCUGCUACAAUUCUUCACGUCUACCGUCUUUGGGCGACACCCUCCGCGUCUAUGCUAGUUACGAAGGCAGGCUCUGUGAAACGGAUAUCAAUGAGUGCAGCGGAUCACCUUGCCAGAAUAAUGGUCAGUGUGAAGACCUCAUCGGCGGGUUCCGAUGCCACUGUGUUCGCGGUUGGAAGGGCGAGUUCUGUGAGUUGCGGGAACUCCCCUGUGAUUCGCAGCCCUGCUUAAAUAAUGGCACUUGUGAACACCGCAGCGGAGCUUCCGGUGACGCCUCCAAUGACUACUUUUGCCGCUGUCCUCCAGGUAAAUUCCUUGCGUUUGGUAUAGAGCUCUACCGGGCCCGUUUUCAUCUUUCGGGGGCUCUGUUGGUCGUAUUCCGAGUUGGCAUCUUCGCCAUCUCUCGUUAG